UAAACCAUUGUUUCCCCAAACACUGGGUCGGGACCCUCAGAUGGGUCACAAGAGAUUUUUUUUGGGGUCUGCUCGCAUCAUGUUUCCCAGGAGUUUAUGAAUAAUGUCUAGGAAAAAGAAACUGCUUUAAACCACCAGGGGUAGGACCGCCUUCAUGUGGCCAGAAACUGGUCCGAGACCCAGAUGUUGUCUCUCUUUCAGAGGAAGUCAGCUGUGCGUUCUGUGAUCAACCGAACCUCUGGUUAAACAGCUCCACGUCUUAGUGUUGACAAAUGGGUCAGACCAGGAUUAGCCCUGGAGCAUCUCACCUCCAGUCAAGAAACACUAAACCCUGCUAUUCUGAGUGUUUCAUCGACCCACGCCGUGACGGUCAGUGAUGGUCAGUGAUGGUCAGUGAUGGUCAGUGACUGUCAGUGAUGGUCAGUCCCAGUCAGAACAGACUGUAGAACCAUCACUGUGGAACAUUCAUACUCCAUGUCAGUCUUCUUUUUUGUUUCUUCUUCUUCUGACAUCAGUGAAAAACAAACAGUAAAACAAAAACUCCGGAAUAAAAACUGAUUUCUUAUUUUGAAAUCAAUCAGUUAAUUACAUCGAUUACCGAGUGUAAACCAACGGUCUGUUCUUCCUCUGUGAGGGUUUAUGGACGUAAACACAAUCAACGCUGCGUUCUCUCACACGAUUGGUUCCUAACGAGCGGUGGUGGUAAUGCAGAUCGACAGUAAGCUGCUUGAGUCUGACACACACGCACAGUAAGAAGCUUCUCUGAAGAACCAUCCACACCACAGACCACAGCGGCUCACUGACAGGAGAACCAUGUCUGGACCAAGGCCUUUGGUGCUGAGCGGCCCCUCUGGAGCGGGGAAGAGCACUCUGAUGAAGAGGCUGAUGAAGGAACACGAAGGCGUCUUUGGAUUCAGCGUCUCACACACGACACGAAGCCCUCGACCAGGAGAGGAAAACGGCAAAGAUUAUCACUUCACAACACGAGAGGCCAUGGAGGAGGGCAUCAGCAGGGGGGACUUCAUAGAGAACGCAGAGUUUUCUGGGAACUUGUACGGAACAAGUAAAGCUGCCAUCGAGGACGUGUUGGCCAAGAACCUGAUCUGCAUCCUGGACGUGGACAUCCAGGGAGUGAAGAGGAUCAAGGACACUGAUCUCAACCCCAUUUACAUCUCCAUCCAGCCUCCGUCCAUGGAGAUCUUAGAAAAACGUCUUAGAGACCGACAGACGGAAACUGAGGAGAGUUUACAGAAACGUCUGGAUGCAGCACGCAUCGACAUGGAGCUCAGUAAGGAGCCAGGUGUUUUUGAUAUCGUUAUCAUCAACGACGACUUGGAGCGGGCCUACGAGGAGCUGAAGGACGUCCUCACUGAGGAAAUCAACAAAGUCAGAGAGGCCCAGUAAUACAGAGGACACAGACCUGUGUUUCAGCGAGGGUGAUUCUCCCCCGACUAAGACUCAGUCUUCAUUGUCUUUAUUUAAACACCUGGGAAAUAAAACGUGUCAAAUGUGUGCGACAGGUUCAGAUGCGUGGAUAAAAAAGUUCAAUAUCUAGAAAAGGAAAUGACCAACACCCGCCGUGUGUCGCUGUACCUGAUGAUGACAGACACAGUACCAGUAGUUCAGGAGAGCCGUCUGUUUGUAGAGACAUUUGACAAAAUGUUAAAAUCUAAAUCACUGAGCGUUUAACAGGUGUAUUUAAACACGGCUCUGAGGUGAGAAAUCGUCUGUGUACGUAUUAUAUACUACAGUAUUUACAUGUACUGUGUGUGUGUGUAUGGACUCAAUAAAAACAUUGAGAACAAAGAUCAACGACUCAGGUUCAUUUUAUUUGUUUUUUUUCACCAACUGAUAGAUUAAUCAAUCUGAACCAAAGAUAAAUCAAAGAUCGAACCCCUGAAAAUCACAACAAUUACAUUCAUUCAUUUUAGCUCUAACUGUUAAGAACUGAUUCAAAUUCCUCAGUAACUAACACGAAAACAAAACGCCGUACUAACAUUUACAACCUCACAGGUUUUCAACUGCAUUAAGACACAUCACCAUUUGACCAGCCGAGAAAAACUAAAACAGUUUUUUAUUUUUUAUUUUCUAAAAGC